AUGUCCUUUCUUCAUACUCACUCGAGUGAAUGUUUCACGAGCGAGCUCGAUCUUUUCAGUUUACCUCCUACUCAAACCAGUAUCGAGAGUUCACAAUGGAUUUAUUAUAAACCGGUAACAUCGCUCGCGGACGACGCACCUAUAGAAUUCGUACCCGGAUACGGCGAAGAUUAUCUAGAUCUCACGCAUACCAUGCUAAGCCUUCGCGUACGAGUAGAAAGUUUACCCGGUCCUAAAACAUCGGCAGGAGGAAACAAAGUAGGCCCUGUAAAUCACGUACUACAUUCGAUGUUCAACCAGAUCGACGUGUACUUCAAUCAAAAACUCGUAUCACCCCCAAAUAAUGCCUACGCGUACCACGCGUACAUCGAAGCAUUAUUAAAUUAUUCUUCCAACAAAAACUUCCCAUCUGACUUCUUGUCUAUGGACACAGACGAAUCCGGUUAUAUGGAUUAG